AUGUACCAUUUCAACUACGUCAACUUCGAAAUCGACACGCUAGAGAUCUCUCACGAACUAGAAUUUGUAAAUAAAAACAACACGUACCAAAAGGAUACAUUUCUCAACCGCGAAGGAUGUCUGGAGGAAAGCGAUCUGGACCGGGUCCAAUCAGUUGCCGUUCGAGACUUAUAUUGGGAUCUCUGCGAAACUAGAGCUAAGAGGUUUUUCAAAAACGGUAUCGCGAAGAGCUUUCGGCAUUUGAGAGAACUCGUUUUCCUUUCUGAGUUUACUUUGAACCCGGAAAGCCAAGAGUCUCUUCGACAGGAGAUCACAAGCUUGUUCCAGGUCGAAAAGGCGUCGAACCCACAAUGUAGGAUCCCUGAGAUUAUUUUUCUUCAGUAUGGAUACGAGGAGUUUCCCGGUUAUUACCCUAGAUAUGGAAGGAUUUCAGGUAGAUGUGGGUUUGAAGUAGAGAGUAUUAUGAAGAAGUCUCCUAAUAUAUUACCAACCGUCCGAGACAGGUAA